AUGCUGCCGAGCCCUGUGGCCUCCACCCCUUUCUCGGUAGAAGACAUCCUCAGGCUGGAGCUCGAACAGAACGAUUCCAAGACCCCGUCACAAUGGGAGUUGCAUAGGAACCCAGUAAAGCCUCAGUACCUAAGAAUGAAGUUGGAAUCUGGAGGGUCUGAGAGCAGCGACAGGACACAAGCCCCUUUUCCGAGCGCCUGGGAGACACUACUGGAGAUGGACUCGAAUCCUGUGAGGGAGCCGCAGACUUCCCCGGGCGCGAUCUUCCCGCUUGGAGCCGGGAACCCGAUGAUGCAGCGCGGCGUGGGCAACCUGAGCGACGGCGUGCGCCGAGGUGGUCCGGUUCCGACCAGAACGCGGCCACGGCGGAAGUCUCGCGUGCUAUUCUCGCAGGCCCAAGUGCUGGCCCUGGAGCGGCGCUUCAAGCAGCAGCGAUACCUGUCUACGCCUGAGCGUGAGCACUUGGCCAGCGCGCUGCAGCUCACGUCCACGCAGGUCAAGAUCUGGUUCCAAAACCGGCGCUACAAGUGCAAGAGGCAGCGCCAGGACCAGACUCUGGAACUGGCGGGCCACCCAUUAGCACCGCGCCGGGUGGCAGUGCCCGUACUGGUACUGGACGGCAAGCCCUGCAUGGAUCCCGACAUAACCGCAUUCCUGGGUCCCUACGCAGCCACCGCGCCCUAUUCCUGCUUCGGCGGCUACGCAGGUACUUCCUACGGUGCUAGCUGUGCGAGCCGCUACAGCUACACCGGCGCCGGCCCGGAGCCGCUCACACCACUGGCCAGCUCUGGCUUCGGCCCUGGUGUCCAAAGUGCGGCCCCACAGGGCCAUCUGCCCGCUACGCCUCAGGGAGUCACGGCCUGGUGAAAAGCCUGGACUCACCUACUACCAUUAGAUGCCUGAUGACUGGUUCCCCUCCCCUUCCUGCUGGUCGCCGCGGGGCUGGAAAGCACUGCCGGUCCUUUCGGAUCUCGGAACUGAACUGCUCGGGGGAGCUGCCCCUGAAGACCUUGAGAACGUUCUUUCCCUCGGAAGUGUAACCAUGCUUUGGCUAGCCACAUAGAUGCUGUGCAGAGAGACUAGCACAGGAAAUUAAUAAAUCGUAUUCCCUUGCC